AGCGAAUGGGAGUCUCCACAGCCCCGCCGCCCUCCCGCAGUAUGAAAACCCUGAAGAAGCGGCGGCUAGAAGUACUGAGCGCCUGCUAUACUGAGCGCCUGCUACCCUUCUGUUCCCUUCUCUUCCUCCUCUUCACGUCGCUCUGGUAUUUCUCUGUUCUCUACUUGGUGUGGGUCUUCCUGGACCGGGACACACCUGCCCAAGGAGGAAGGCGUUCUGAGUGGAUGAGGAACUGGACUGUUUGGAAGCACCUAAGGGAUUAUUUUCCCAUUAAGCUGGUGAAAACGGUAGAGCUGCCCCCUGACCGGAACUACCUGCUGGUCGCUCACCCACAUGGGAUCAUGGCCAUGGGAAUCCUCUGUAACUUCUCCACUGAGAGCUCCAGCUUCUCCCAGCAGUUCCCCAGGCUUCGGCCCUCGACGGCCAUGCUGAAUGGCCUCUUCCAUUUCCCAGUCUACCGAGGCUACCUUCUAUCCUUUGGAGGAUGUUCCGUGAACCGCCAGAGCCUGGAUUUUAUUCUGUCACAGCCUCACGUCGGGCAGGCUGUGGUCAUCCUGGAGGGGGCCCACGAGUCCCUGUAUGCCAUCCCAGGAGAGCACUGCCUCACUGUCCAGAAUCGGAAAGGCUUUGUCCACCUGGCACUGAGGCGUGUCACUUCUCUGGUGCCCACGUACUCCUUUGGGGAGAAUGAUAUCUUCAGAGUUAAGGCUUUUGCCCCAGACUUGUGGCAGCAUCUGUGCUAGAAGAUGCUGGGCUUCAAGAAGCUCCUGGGCUUUUCUCCUUGCAUCUUCUGGGGCUGUGGUCUCUUCUCAGCCAACUCCUGGGGCCUGGGGCCCUUCUCCAGGCCCAUGACCACUGUGGUGGGCUGCCCCAUCCCGGUGCCCCAGUGUCUCGGGCCCACCGAGGAACAGGUUGACCACUCUCACAUGCUCUACGUGAAGGCUCUGGAGCAGCUGUUUGACGAGCACAAGGAAAGCUGCAGUGUCCCAGCUUCCACUCGCCCCACCUUCAUCUAGCCCCGGCCUUACCCCUGCCCCCACACUCACCAGCCCCACCAGCCCCCGAUCCCAGUGCCCUGAGACCCCCACCUACUGCCAUGCUACUGCACCAAUAAAAGGUAGUUCUCUCACACCACUACUUCAUAGGAUCGGAUGCCCACCAUCGGAUUCUCAGCUCCACCAGCAACUGACCGUAGCCUUAUCCAAGUCACUUAAGCUUUUCAAACCUCAGUUUCCUCGUUAUAACACGGGGCUACCUACUUCAGAGUUGCAGGGUUUCUAAUUUUUAUUGAAAUACAACACAGAGAAGUGCACAGAUCACAAGGGCACGGCUUGAUUUUUCAUCCACUGAACAUACACGGGGUUGUCCUGGGAAGUGAAUGAGAUUACUCAGGCUCAUGGGACGGCUGCACUGGCGUCCUUGUGUAUGGAUUGAGGAGAACUGUCAGCCAUCGUCCUCCCGCCCAUCUCUACCCUUGGAUUUCUCUGCUGGGUGGGUGCCCACUCACCCAGGAUGGAGCCAGGAGGAAACAUCUGGAAGCCUUUUCAGAGAAAGAAGAGAGCGGUCAGCACUUGGAUGGGCUGGGCUGGGGACGAGCCUUUUGAAUGGGUAAAGGAGUCGACCCAGCAGGCUGGAGGAGGUUAGGGUCCGUUAGAGCAUCAUUACAGCUGUUUCGGAAGCUCCAGCCCCAGACAGUGAGAAUUCCACUGGGUCAGACUUCAGCCCUGCGCCCGGGGCUAUCUCCACUCACCUGCCACCCAUGCAGACCCUAAUGUGGGCUCUUCUACAGACCUAUUUCUGGUCAUUCUUCCAGAGCUCCAGCCCCAGUGGGUCCUCCCCUACUGCUAGUCCUUGCAGCCCUGAAAAGCCAACCCAUCUGUAGACAAAACAUAGCAUCUGCGUAUCCGAGGAGCUUAAUAUCCUGCACUGCCCACUGCCACCAGACGUUAUCAUUCCCCGGUAACAUGCUAGGGAUGCCAUAAUCACCCUCACCGCCUUCCUCUCUCCCCACCUUCCAGAACCCCAGUCACACUUCCUGGCCUCCUGUCUUCUUCUAAGUGCUUCUUAGCUGCUUCUCUUACUCUAGGCCCCCCAUCCCUCCCGUGGACUUCCUCUGGGACCACUCCUCAGGGAGGAGGGGUCUUGCCUCUCAUCUCCCAUCUAACACCUUCUCACGCUGGCAAGAUGCUCUCCCUAAAGCACUGUUUUCAUCAUGUCCUUCGUCCUGUUCACUGGGACCGGGUCCUCAUUGUCAGAAGGCGUGAACUCCUCAGUACGGCAUUUGAGGCACCCCACAGACAGAGCCCCACCCUGCAGACACACGGGGCGCCAGACACACAAAAGUGCUGUCUGCUUUUGCCUGGGGGCUGCAUCCACCGAGACGUGGACUUUGUGCAAAUUAGACAAAGAAUGUUCCAGGUUGGGCGGUGACAGACAUUUGCUAUGGGAUCUUCUCUUUGGGGAAGUGCCGGUGCCACGUGCACAGAGAAAAGAUGGAUCACUAAACUGCCUAAAGGAUCUAUUGUAGUUUCAAGAGCUCUGGACUCCACAGUACAGAGGCGUCAAGGUUACCUGUCCCAUUUCUCCUGCCGUGUAUCUGGAUAAUAACCCCCAACACUGUGUGGUUUCUCCUCCUAUCUGGAAGAAUCUAACUUACAAAUAUAUGAAUAUAUGCCUUAGGAGCAUAGCUCAUUGCCUCCUGGCAGGCCUUCUUCCUUCCCUGCCAUUGUCCAUGUGGCCACCAGAGGGCAACCUCUACUCACAAGGCCAAUCUGUCACUCUCCUGUUUAAAGCCCUCCCCUGGCUGGCCAGCCCCUACCUACAGGAUGGGUGCAACCCAGAAUUGCUUGUUCUUGCAAAGCUGGCUGUUUCUCAGCUUUGGACUUUGCUCAGGCUUCUCCUUGCGCAGGAGGGACCCUGCCCUUCUUUGUCACCCGGAGGGGAUUUUUUUUUUCUUGCCUCACCCCGUGGCAUGUGGGAUCUUAAUUCCCAGACCAGGGAUCGAAGCAGCUCCCCGGUCCCGGCAUUGGAAACGCGGAGUUUUAACCACUGGACCGCCAGGAAAGUCCCCAGAGGGGAAUUUCUAAGACGCACUUCCCUUGACCAGCCAACGUGUCAGGCUGGUCCAGGGCAUUCUCUGCUCUGCAUCCACGUAGUGCUUCCUAAAGAUCUAGCACGAUCUUCUGUGUCGCUUUAAAACAUCAACUUAUCAAAAAGGCUGGCUAGCUUCAACAUUAAUAAGGGCAAUAACAGCAUUGGAUUGCACCACAUUCAGCCUGUUUAAAAUCAGUGUGUUCAUAACGGUCUGAAAGUAAUAAUUGAUCACCACUGAAGGAUGCUGAGGAACCACCACAUUAGUUGAACAGUUAACAAAUAAAGGGGAAAAUGUAAGCAUUUAUCCGGUCUUUCCUUCAACAAACUAUCUCUAAGGGUAAUCAUAGUAGAAGAGAACAAGUUUCCUUUUAUAGGCAUAUUCCAGCUGGGGGGGGGGGAACCCAGAAUGACAGAUUAAGAAUAUCGCCGUAUUAUAACCCCUAAUAAAUGAUUGGAUUUAGGUCAAACAUCAAUAUUCGAUAAAAUUUCAGUAAGACAACCAUAUUUGAGCCUUUGAGGGAGGAAUGCAACACCACCUAUAGCUUGGACAUGAAAAAACUGGAACUUUGGGAAACUUUCCAUUCUGAUUGGUUGAGGAAACUAGAGGUGGGUGAAUGUUGGACCAAUCCAAGCGUUUCUGGUGGCAGAGGGGAGUCUUCUGGUGAAAGAGAAGGAAUUAGGGUGUGAUCGCAUCUCCUUUCGGCCACUAGUGACUUUUUCCUCCAACACCUUUAACUUUUGGAGGUCCUUUCCCACACUGGAAUGUAUUCCACCUUGACUGCAGCUUUGUGAGAUGCACAGUGUGUUAGCAGUUUCAAAAAAUCAGAAAUGGGGGGAAGUCUUAUUUUUAAGAAAAGGUUGAGUGACUUAUUUAUUGGCCUAUUGGCCUUGAAGUCAAGAGAUGACUCUGAUCAUCUCUUCCACAUCUUCGUGUGGAAGUCCAGGAACACGAUCCUCCAUCUUUUCACAUUAGCACAGCCAGUGGGAUUACCAGGUUAUGGAGUGAUUACCUUGGGAAGUAUAAAACUGGGAUGAGGUAGGUGAGAGGUCAACUUCUGUGGGAAGCGGGGGGUAUGGGAGCUGGGCAGGAACGAAAGUGGAGACAAGGGGGUGGCGUCCCAUCCUCCGCAGCACUUUACAGGUUUUAAAGGACGUUCGCAUCCAUCCCUUUCCUGGUUCCUUGCAGGUAGAACUGCAGGCGUUUUUGUCUCACUUUACGGGGUGGGGAGCCCCCAGGAGUUAAGAGCCUGGGUCACCAGCUUGUCCAGAGUCAACAGCAGAGCUGCAGCCACUCCGGUUCCGGGUCUGCACUGCGCUCUCCCUCCCACCCUUCGUCCACCCACCGGGUUAGCACGUGUGCCCAGCCGUGUGCACAGAGGUCUGUGUUCUUGUACUCGGGUGUCCCCAGCUGUACAUUGAAGUCUUUCUCUCUGCGUGCUGCCCCGCGGGGGCCUUGCUGCCUGAUGGCAGGUGAGAUGCCCGCGGCUGAGAUGUCCGCGGUUGAGUGGAGCUGAGCCUGCCAGUGCGGAGGCCUGGGAGGGGGGCGUGAGGCUGCUCGGCGACCCCCGGGCAGUGGUGGCCCGGCUGACCCGUCUUGGCCUUGCUCUGCCCCUUUCAGCUCUUGGCUUCUGCCACUUGGUGCCUCUACCCUUCCUGAUCUUCAUGGGUUUCCAAUUUCCUCUAUCAGUUUCUCCGACCAGGUCCCCAGGGUGUUGGGGUCCGCGUCCCCUUUCCAGCCGCUGUUACUUGUCUAGCAGCCGGAGGUCAGAGAAUGGGGCUGACGUUGCGGGAGGUAGGGGCGUGGCUCCCGGAGAAGGGGGACUGGGCGUGGGGGGUAUUCCCGGACUCAACAUAGAGAUGCUGCGGGCAUGGGGCCAUAACUAAGACAGCAAUCAGGCCCCUCCACCGACGCUCAAGAUGCCUCCCCACCCUCAGUCCCGCCCCCCACCGGGACAAGGGGCGGAUUCUCGUCUGCAAGGCUAGAGGCCACCCAGCAGCGCCCACCUCGCCGCCCAGGGGCCACUCCGCUUUCCCAGGCGCCCCGCCACCCCACCGCCUGCCCCCAGCGCCCGCCAGCCCCCGGUGGCAACCUAGUCCGCUCCAGAUCCGCGCCACGUUUCCUCUGCAUCACUGGGGUUUCCUCCCCUCGGCCGAGCCCGAGCAGAGCAGCGACCGCGCGUACCGCCCGAAUCCCGAAGCUCUGGGCACCCGACCCCGCGUGCAGGACUGAGCAGACUCGGCCUUCGCAUCGGAACUCCGAGUCGGGACCGGACGGCGGCGGCCGGGUCCCCGCGCGUCAUCGGAAUUUGACCCUCGGAGCUCCGAGGUGACCCCGCUCUAGGUACCGUUCGCUGUCUGCGCGGCCGGCCCCGAUCGGCUUCUCAGCAGCCAGUCCCUGGCCCUGGCUUGAGAGAGGUAGGGGGGCAGCCAGGCCUGGGGGCGGGGGGCUGGCAUGCUCCUCCCCCGCGGAAUGGGGGCAGCAGAAAGCCACGCCCCUCAGGGGAAGAGGGCCUCUGCGCCCCCUACCGCCCAAACCAUCCCAGCCCCGCGUCCCAGAUAACUUGAGACCCGACUUCGCCCAGGUGUUCAGAGGCGCUUUCCCUCCGCCUCCCAUCAUCAUUUGGCUCCCACCUGUCCCAGUCUGGUGGGACUGGCGCCCAGGGGGACCCCUGCCUAGAAGACAGCUUCCUUCGGGAUCUCCCUCCCGCCUGCUUCCCCAAAAGACCGGGGACCACCCUCCAAUACAGCCUCCCCUUCUCCAUGAUCGUGGCCCUCUGAGGCACCCCCUCUCCCCAGUUCGUUGGUCCAUCUUCCUCAUCCCCUGCCCCUGCCUCACUUCAUCUUGUCUCCCCUGCCUCUGCUCUCAAGUCUCUGUUCUCUUCCAGCCUCUGCUGAUUUUCUCCUCCCCGUGACCCCUUUCCCCACCACACACCACGGGGAGAAGGGGGUGUGUCAAGCUGCUUUCUAUUUCUGGUCUCCUUGGGGAGGGGGCGCGUGCUAGGACUUGUUUGGCGUCUGCUGUGCCCUGUGUCACGAGGUGUCAUGUCUGUGACUUGGUAUCCGUGCCUCUCCCCCACCCCCCAUCGUCUCCAGGUUGCCUUGGUCUCCUUUCUGCCUCGGCUCCAGUCCUUUUCGCUCUCUUCUUUGGGCGCUUUGUGUAGCUGCGGUCUCUUUGACUCCGCCUCUCCUCUCUCUGCUUCCUCUGCUCCGUGUUCCAGCUCAGAGAAGCUGCGACCUCAGGGCCAUCAAUAUUUCAGGUGUGUUUGGUGGGAGAGAGAUGGGGUGGGGGAUGGGCUCCCGGCAUGCCCAGCGACGACUCCAAUCAUCCUCUCGCCAGAGUGGAUCAUUCAUAUUUAUGAGAUUGAGAGAAAGGAUACAAGGAUGAUAAGGAAAUGCUGCCCCCUUUCCUGGAGCUUGGUCCAGGGGGUGCUUGGACUACAUUUCCCAUAGUGCCCAGGGGCACAGGGCUGCCUCUGUCUCUGCCUAGACACCUAAUGGGAGUUAGAAUUCAAGGAGCCACAUUGGAGGGUGGGAAGGGAUCAGAGUGUGGAGCAAGGGCUGUGGGGCCAGCUGGCUGCUUUCACUUGGCCUGUUACCCCUGACCUGCUUUGUUCCCAGCUCCCACCUCCUCCAGGGUUGAAGGACCUUAGAACUUUUGCAUCUCCCACAAAGGGAAUAGGAGUAGAGUGCCGGGGAAGAAAAGAUGCAGGGUGAAUUAGCAAGUUCCCCGUUCUUUCCUGUGACCCUGGGAAUCCCCUCCCCUUACACACAUCUUUAUCUGAGAUGCAGACACUCUUUGGCAAUAGUCUCCCCAUCUUGAAAGUAAGAGGGAAAAUGGAGCCUAAUGUUUGCACCUAGUAGGAUGUGUUCCGGUCUACAAGUUGCUCACAUUCUGCCCCCUUACGGGGGCAGUGGGGAAUUGCAGGAAUAUCCCUGAAGUACCAGCUUGUAUGUUCCAGGGACCCAUGAACAGCUGAUGAGAUUGUCUGGAGAUCCAGAUGGGAUCCACAAGCUAACAUGCUCCUCUCUGGGACUCAUCAUCCCCAGAACCUGGCGCAAGUAAUCUGACUGAGCUCAUUUUUGGCAUAGAAAUUAUUGACCGAGGGGAGAGGGCAGUGUGUGUUCCUCCCGCAAUCUCAUCUCUGCUUCUGAGUCAGCUUAACCCUUAGCACUUGGAAACUUUGACUCCUGCCAAGGACCCAGUCACGCCUAUCCUUGCUCUUCAGGCUGGGGUCGGAGAUCUCCCCACUGGCCUGAGAUCCAGGAAAAUUUAACUUUUAGCCCAGCUUUGUCCAAGCUGACUCACCUUAGGCAAGAUCUUAACCAUCUUGGGCCUUGAUUGAUUUCCUCUCUGUGAAAGGAAUGGGUUGAACCUGACGGUCCCUAGUGGCCAAAGCAGGGGCUCUAAGAUCCUCUGAGCCUGUGCUUCUCCCUGCCCUCUGAUGAUACUGGCCUGAGCUGUCUUACCUCACCCCAGCUUACCUGGGAGAGCCUUAAGCCUAAGAAUUAGACUGAAAAGAAAGCGGGAGAUGGAGCCCUGGUUUUGAAGCUUGUUUGUAUUGGAACCACACUGUGCUUACAUAAGCCAUGUUUGUGAUAUGGAAGCUAAAAUUAUCCCUAACCCACCCCUUGGUGCCCCUGCUGGUCCCAUCUCCUAAACCUAGGUCAUGUUCUUGUAAAAAAAAAAAAAA